UGAUUAGCCCAACUUCUGUCUGCUCACGCUGUCAUCGCUUUAACCUCACCUAUCAACUCAAUUAGUGAGCUGCCGCUGACUUAUUAGCCAGAGUUUCUUCGAUCGCAGCUGAUUCGGGGUCCGAUUCAGAUUCCGAUUCCCAGGCGAACUCCAAUUUGGACGGAAACAAAACCACGGUGAGCAUCAAGAAAUUCUUUCAUUCGGUUGUUUGUCAUCGUCGGGUCAAGUUGCGUCCGCAUCCGAUCCGCGUUCAACGUUUUUGUUUUCGAUUUUGUUUUCAUCUCCGAUUUUGGGUCUAUUUUAAAAAUUAUUUCGGCUGAAAGAGAAAACUUGUUUCGGUGGCGCGAAGAUGGUGGUGUUGCCGUGUGGAAUGAGGAAAAAUGUAUCGGUCUCUUGUGUGGUUGAAUGUGUUAAAAUCAAUUAGCAUACCCCAUGGGCUUCUUCUGCUGCAACUUCUGCCCUGGUGCGGUGCCUUUGUGAAUGGAACGACUGUCUUCGGACCCGAGAAGCUGCAGGCCUUCAAGAUCUUCGACGAUGAGCAGCCCAGCCAGAUCUCGGGUCGGAGCUUCGUCUGCGUCCCGCUCUUCCGGGUCUUCACCCUGGAGCUGCGCCACAAUGUUCGCCUGGCAGCCGACGAAUUCGUGGCCGUGAGUGGAGAUCACCCGGCUCUGGGCUCCUGGCAGCUGGAGAAGGCCCUGCCGCUCAAGGAGCAGGACAAGGCCCGCUCGAAGUGGUACCUCCGGGUGUGGAUCUGUGCGAGUCAGAGGUUCUACUACCGGUACGUGAUCUACUCGAGGAACGGCCAGGGCAAGCGGAUUCUGAGGAGCUGGGAGGGCCAGAGAGUGGCCAGAAUGCUGCAGACCUACGAGAUCUACCGUUCGCCGGGUCUCGACAUCUUCGGAGAGGCCUAUCCCACAUCCGUGGGCGGGGGAUUUCACGUGGAACGCGGUUGGCUGCAGUACGAGUAUGUGAUUGAGCUGAAGUUCGUCUGGCAGAAUCACCUCGAUAUAUCCGGGAUAGGAAGCAAUGCAAAAUACCGCUUGAUUUUGACCCCGCUGAAUGUGAUAGACGACACCCGGAUUGAGGUCUCCAGAUAUGCCUACAACCAAUCGUCUUUCAGACCCCAAAGCCAAAGGGGAGUGAGGUACAGCCAAGGAUCGAUUAUGGUAUUCCGAGUGUAUCAACCAUUGGACACCCAAAACGCUCUCAGGCUUUCCAUAUAUCAAGGAGCAAGAGAUGUCCAGUUGGCCGUGGGAGAGGCUUACAUAUUCCCGGAGCAAAUCAAGGGAAGCCGUGGCAUCCUGCAGGUGCCCGUUUUUGCGAGCUUCCAAAACAUCGCCAUUGGAGAGCUGACUCUGCCCCACUUGGUGGUUCAACCCAUGCCAAAAGUGGAGGCAGGUAACCUGAGGGCCAGCUUCCACCACUACUGGCCGGAUAACUGGCCUACGUUGGAUGUCGGAUAUCGAGGAAUGGGUGCCAGCUAUUUUCAGUCAUCAACUAUUCUCACUGAGAACACCAUUGAAAGUUUUUUGGCAGUGCAGAAGGCUAAAGGGGACAUGGUCCAAUUGGAUGUGCAGCUGACCAAGGACUACAUUCCCGUAGUUUGGCAUGGUUUCGGAUUCUACACCUCAGAUAGAGAUCGGUCGAUAAGGGAUCGCAUUGAUCUGCGAUUCGUACUGAUCAGGGAGCUCACCUACGCCGAACUGAAGGCCAGUCGGGUGUUUAUCCUCAAACGUUGGACCCUCCAGGAGUACACCCAUCUAAAUGUGAAGGAUGUAAAUCAAAACCAGAGAAUAUUCCCCAAGCUCUCGGAAGUCUUCGAGGCUCUACCCAAAACUUUGGGUCUUCUUGUGGAGAUCAAGUGGCCUCAACUAAUGGCAUCCGGUGUGCCGGAAUCCACGCAGGGUUUGAAUAAGAACAACUAUGUGGAUAAGAUUUUACAGACCAGCAUUUAUUAUGGAUGUGGACGUCCCCUGAUCUUCGCCAGCUUUGAUGCCGAUAUCUGCACUAUGAUCAGACUCAAGCAGCAAGUUUUUCCUGUUAUGCUAAUGAGUAUUGGGGAUUCCCACAUCUGGGAUCCCUAUAUGGAUCUGAGGACACAGAGUUACCAGCAGGCCAUUAACUUUGCUCAGUCGGCAGAAAUCUUGGGAACAGCUCUUCAUGUCGAGAACUUCCAGAACAACCAUCAGUUGGUCAACUUGGCGUUGGAUCUCCAGCAAGUUCUGUUUUUGUGGGGAAACGAUCUCCAGGAUAUCCAUCUUCUAGAGCAGUUCCGAGCAUUGGAUGUAUCUGGUCUAAUUUACGAUCAGAUGGACAGGGUGGGACCUUCCAGUUGGAAACGAUCCGACUUUUUCCGGGCACCGCAACUUCUAGAAGUAUUUGGAGCUCAGUGCGUAAUCAGCGGAAACUCAACUACCAUUCCGGGAAUAAAGCCAGCUAAACCGACUAUUUGGCCAAAGCUGAGAUAGUAUUUGGCUUUGCAGACAUCGCGCACCAGGUAGUCGUACUCCUCCCCUCGUCUCUGCACAAAAUCUGAGUCCAC